AUGUCCGACAACGGUAGAGAGCCCCAGGCGCAUCGGCAGCAGCAGCAAUCACCACAGCCCAUCGCCCACGGCGGCCACGGCUCCUACCAUGACGACCCGGACGCCGCCUCCCCCGAGGUCGAGGCCCCCCGCUUCGAGCCAAUCUUCACCCUCCUGACCAACUCGUCCACGAACGAGACCAUCCACCCGCGCGUCCGCUACCUCUUCGCCGACGACGACCCCUCCUCCAUCAUCGCCCACGAGGCAGACCACGACGCCGACAGCUCCUCCUCCCCCGGCGCCCACCGCACCCUCGUUGUCGAUCUCGCCCCCCGCGACUCAUCCUCAUCCACCACCACGACCACCCCGAACAACUGGUCCGUCUCCUGGGCCGCCAGCCUGAGCCCCGACUUCGCCAUCACAGACUCCCACCUCCUCCCCAUGCAGCAGGGCGGCGACCACCACCACCCGGACACCACCACCAACGCCACCUCCCCCGCCGCCGCCCACAAUGCUUCCCCCCCCAACGGCGGCCUGAUGCUCCGCAUCGACGGCGUCGAGCGCGAGCCGGUCGACAUGAGGGGCGGGCCCUCGGCAAGCAGCAGCAACAGCCUGCCGGGCAGCAGCGGCUCGGCAGCGGGCCGCGAGGACGUCGAGGCCCUGGUGGACGACUUCAGGCGCCGCAUGGGCGUGCUGAGGAAGGUCGUCGGCGAGGGCGAGCGGCGCAGGGAGGCCGUCCGCGCGGAGCAGGAGCGGCAGGAGCAGCAGGAGCAUCAGCAUCCGGAGGGGAACACCGGCAGCGAGCCACGCCCGGGGAUGGAUGCAGACGCGGAAGAGGGGGUUGAGGAGCACGAUCACAUGAAGGAUAGCGGAUAA